AUGCUAAUUGGAGAAGAUGCCAUUGCUACUGGGGUCGAUGUAAAUUCUGUGAACACGAGUGGAUUCACACCCAAAGAUGUCCUAGAAUUAAUGCUUCAAAGCGGAGACGAAUCCUCUUUAUAUGAUGUGGUUGAAAUGUUUCACCAUACUGGAGCACUGAAAUCUGGGGAAAUGAUCACAACAAAUUAUCACGAAACCCUUACAGCCUGUCAUCGAAAUGAUCAAGCAAACGAUCUGCACCCUGAUGCAAAUCCAUCAUCAGGGACAGUUCCUUCUUUUUCUUCUGGCCUUUCAAAUAUCUGGAAGGAACUGACAAAAGAAAUAGAAGAAUCAUCAAUGGAAAGCCAAAAUGCGCUGAUGGUUGUGGCUGUACUCAUAGCAACAUUAACAUACCAAGCAAUGCUUAGCCCUCCGAGUGGUAUUUUGUCAGCAGAGAGCAAAAGGCCUAGAUUCGGUUUACUUUUUACCAGGAGAUCAUAUGCAGCGCCUGGAGAGGCUGCCAUGGCUAAUGAUCCUGAAGUUUUUGCCCUUUUCACUGUUUUUAACGGCAUAGGAUUCAUUGCAUCCAUUGGCAUGAUAUCACUCCUCACCAAUGGAUUUCCUCUGAGGGCAGGCUUGCGGCUUGCCAUUCUUUCAAUGACUGCUACUUUUGUUAUCGGAGCUUUCUAUGUUGCCCCUAUGAAUGAUGGAACUGUGUAUGUCGUGGUUGAGUUAAUGGAAGUGGUUGUCCUUGUGGAGUUUGCUCCGUUCAUGCUCUGGUUGCUGAGGAAAUGGGGUGUUCUUCCUAUCAAAACAUCAAGAUCAUGUUCCUCUACAAUUAAUCGAUCAGUAGUUUGA